AUGGAAACAAAGAGGGCAUUUUUGUUUUCCAAUAUAAAUUAUGAAUUAACAAGAUAUUUUGGAUUUGGGAUGCCAGCUAAUGAUAAAAUGCUUUCUAUUGUAUUAUUGUAUAUCGAAACAAUGAGUGUAUUAAUAGCAGUUGCUUUUGUAGUAGGUUUUAUUGUUUUAUGGAGUAUUACCAAAUUCAACAGUAAUGUAAAUCCAGUAGCUUACCAUUUUUCUAAAAAAGUAGAAGCUUUUUUAGAUACUAUUUUUGCAUUAUUACCUACAGUCUUAAUUAGUUAUUUAUUAAUACCAGCACUAGGAUUUAUUUUCCAAUUAGAAUAUGACGAAAAUUUCUUAGAAACGUUAUUUAAUGUUUAUAUUAUUGGACAUCAAUGGUAUUGGACAUAUGAAAUAGAUACUAAAUUAGGUACAGAUAUUUUAGUUAAUUUAUUUGAUGCUAAUUUUAAUUUUCCAGUAUUACAAUUUGAUUCGUAUAUGAUUCAAGACAGUGAAAAAAAUAGGUUAUUGAAUGUAGAUAAGUGUUUAGUAUUACCUAAUGGACAUAAUAUUUGUUUUUACAUAACAUCACAUGAUGUUAUUCAUGCUUGGGCCGUACCUCAAUUAGGUAUAAAAAUAGAUGCUCUACCUGGCAGAUUAAUGAGAUUUGUUUUAUAUUCAAGUAUAGAAGGUGUAUAUUAUGGUCAGUGUUCUGAGCUUUGUGGGGUAAAUCAUGCAUUUAUGCCUAUUUGUGUUGAAAUAGUAAAAAAUAAAUAUUUUAUAGAUUGGAUAUUUUUAUCUUUAGAUGUACACUUAGUAAGUAAUUUAUUAAGUAGCAUUAGUAUUAAUGAUUCUUCGUCGAUAUUUAUAAAAUAG